AUUCGGAAAAUGGGAGGUUGGAGUUGGAGUUGGAGUUGGAGUUGGGGGUUGGCUUGUCUUUGUCUUUCGUGGGAAAUUAAAUCAACAUCGUAAAUUACUAUUUUUGCCAACUUUCUCCAUCAACAAACCCACCACAAUUCACAAACUUGAAAGAAAGAAAAAAAAAAAAAGAGUUAAAAGUCUUAAAAUUUGAAUGGAGGUGAACAAGAAGCAAGAAGUAGCACCAGUAGUACUAAUCACCGGAUGUUCAGAUGGGGGCAUCGGAAACGCCCUUGCACGAGCUUUUGCGGCGGAGAAAUGCCAGGUUGUAGCCACCACCAGAUCUCUGUCAACUAUGUCGUCGUUGGAACAAGAUCCUCGUUUUAUGCUUAUGGAACUCGAUGUCUUGUCGGAGGACAGCGUCAAUCGUGUUAUAUCCUUCGUUUUGGACAACUUUGGCCGGAUUGAUAUUGUUGUUAAUAAUGCUGGUGUUCAGUGUGUUGGCCCUCUUGCUGAAAUCCCUAUUCCUGCUCUGCAACGCACUUUUGAUACCAAUGUUUUUGGUACAAUGCGAUUGAUUCAAGCUGUGGUACCGCACAUGGCAUUGAGGCGAAAGGGAAAGAUUGUAAAUGUUGGGAGUGUAACUGUAUUGGCACCUUUACCAUGGGCAGGUGCUUAUACUGCAUCAAAAGCUGCUAUUCAUGCUCUUACAGACUCUCUCAGGUUAGAACUUCGGGUUUUGGGUAUUGAUGUUAUAAAUGUUGUACCUGGAGCUAUCAAAUCAAAUAUAGGGAAUUCCGCCAUUGCAAACUAUAGCAAAUUUCCAGAAUGGAAACUAUACAAGCAAUAUGAUGAAGCUAUACGCGAAAGAGCUACCAUUUCCCAGGGCCCUAAAUCAACAUCAGCUGAAGAGUUUGCAAAGAAAACAGUUAAUGCUAUACUCAAGAAAAACCCACCUGCUUGGUUCUCCUAUGGCCAUCAAUCCACAGUGAUGAACAUCAUGUAUUAUAUGCCAAUCUUUGUCCGGGAUUUCGUAUUGCGGCUUGUCUCCAAAUGCUGAUUUGUUUGUCAAAGAAUUCUAAUACAACAAUUGACUGAAAUUUUUGUAAAUUUUCAUCAUAUUUUUGGUAAUUCUAUUCGAAUCCAACCUUGUUUUUGUUUGUUUA